CUCGCCCGUGAGGUACGUUACGCUGGAGCAAAAUACGUAAUCUGGAGCACGCUUCCGCAAGUAUACAAUAUUUCGGAUGGAAAAUUGAAUGUAGAGCACUUCGAUACAAAGGCUGAGAUUGAAGAAUAUCUGCGCGAUCUGCCGAUUAAAUCUUCAUCUUUUGCCCCCGGAUUCUUUAUGCAGAACUUUAUGUCGCACAGAAUGCCGCCGCGACUCUCGUCAGCCAACGAUGGAACGUAUGUCCUGGCGAACCUAUGUAAAGGCAACACAUUAAUGCCACUAAUUGAUGCCACCAAUUCAGGCAAGUGGGUUGGAGCUAUUCUCGCAAAAUCGGACGAGUACGAGGGAAAGUAUUUUGCCGCAGCGCAAGGCUUGUAUACGUGGGAUGAGAUUGCUCAAAUCAUCUCCAACGUCACUAUGAAAACAGUCGAGUUUCAGCAUGUUCCAGAUGAUGUAUUUAGGGAUUGGAUGCCAGAAGGAUUGAGAUAUGACCUGCACGAUAUGUACACGAUGUUUAGAGAGCAUGGCUACUACGGGAAAAAGACGAGGGAGAAUAUCACUUGGGCGGCUGAGCGUGCUCGGCGCAGCCCGAUGUCGUUGGAGGAAUUCUUGCGACGGGAGAAUUUCAAGUUAGAUUGA